AUUCAUCAUAGUGGGAUACCAUCAAUGUACCGACUUAGAACAGACAGCGUAUGGAUAGGACCGUUCAGGGUAUUAGACAAAUGGAGCACAGCAUAUCGAGUGGAAUUAAGACAUACCAGGGCACACAACGUUUUUCACGCAAGUUAUUUAAAGAAAGCAGAUACAAGCAGACCUCAACAACCAACCUCGCUGACGACAAGAGCAACAUUGGCAAUCGACAACAAUCGAUAUCAACGAGAAGAAAAUGAAAACUUUUACAGACGCGGACAGGUACAAAGACUAUUACAACAAGCACAUACACCAGAUGGCAUAAAUCAACCGGUAAGCGACGCAACGUGGGUAGACGCAGAAGCACUUCAUGAAAUUAGCAACUUCGGGGACGUAGUUACAAGGAGGGGGGAGUGAUAUAAGGAUGUGCCCCUACCUUCGUAGGUAAUACAGCGGGCAAU